UUCAUCGCACCCUAUUAAGUUACUCACUGAGUGACCAUUACACAAAAAAAAAUGAACGCAUCGAAUUUUAGAAUGAUUCAAUUUGUCUAUGUCUAUGAGUCUAUGCCAAUUUCCUCUAUGGUUUCAAUUGACAUUGAUGUAUUAAAAAACAUAUGAUCACUCAUGUGUGUUUUGGUGAAGUUAUUUAAUUAUUUAAAUCCCAAAAUUUACUCGAUGCCAUGAUUCGGGAAGAUGAUCCACAGUUUCGAAUUACACCUAUUCAGCAAAUGGCAUCAGCUUGUACCGGUGCUCUUAUAACCUCAUUAUUUAUGACUCCGCUGGAUGUAGUUAAAAUUCGAUUACAGGCUCAGCAGAAGGCCACACUCUCGAAUAAAUGCUAUCUAUACUGCAAUGGAUUAAUGGAACAUUUAUGUCCUUGCGGCGAAUCCCCAUGGAUGCCUAAGAGAACACGUUUUGAAGGAACAUUUGAUGCAUUCUAUAAAAUAGCAAAAUUUGAAGGUGUUCCUGCACUAUGGUCUGGUUUAUGUCCAACACUGGUGUUAGCUGUUCCUUGUACAGUAAUUUAUUUUGUUUGUUAUGAACAAUUACGGUAUAAUAUGAAAAAAAAUUAUAAUGAGCGGACCAAAACCACACAUCAGCCAAUGUGGAUACCAAUGUUGGCCGGUGCUACAGCUAGAACAACUGCAGUAACUAUUGUCAGUCCUCUAGAGCUUAUUAGGACAAAGAUGCAGUCAAAGAAAUUGACGUUUGCAGAAAUAUCUGGUGCCCUACAGCAAGAAGUGAAAGCAAAAGGACUUGGAGGACUAUUCCGUGGAUUAGGGUCUACUUUGCUAAGAGACGUUCCUUUUUCUGGCAUGUAUUGGACUAUGUUUGAAACUAUAAAAAGGUCAUUCAAUAAGACUGAGGCUGAAAAAAAUUCAUUUCUGUUUAAUUUCUUUUGUGGAUCUGUAGCUGGCAGUAUUGCUGCAUUCAUAACUUUACCAUUUGACGUUGUAAAAACGCAUCAGCAAAUAGAAUUGGGUGAAAAAGAAAUAUAUACUGAUGGACAUGCAAGACAAAAGGCAACAAGUAUACAAGAUACUGUGAAAUCAAUAUACAAUAAUCACGGUGUUAAAGGAUUGUUCACUGGAGUUGUACCUCGAAUAUUUAAAGUUGCCCCAGCAUGUGCAAUUAUGAUUGCAACAUUUGAAUAUGGGAAGCAAUUCUUUCAAAUAUAUAACACACAACAGUACAAAGAGAAGAUGCAAAGACAUCAAGAAAUUAUGUUAAUGAGCCCAACAAGUAGUGAUUACUCAUUUUGAGAUAUGAAGGAAGUCACAUAGCAAGACAAUGCAAUGUUACUCAUAGUGGUAGUUUGGCUUUAUAAUGGCUGUUUUAAUUAGUAACUAUUGUUGCACUUAUAAUAUAGUAGUACAAAAAAAAAAUUAGUAUUAUGUUGAUUAAUAAUGUAUUUGUUUCGAUCAAAAGCUUCCAUAGAUAAGUUGAUCAUAAUGUUGUAAUUGUGCUACUGUAUUUCAUGAAUGUAGAAAAUGUUAUCAUAAAAUAAUUAACAAGAAUAAAUAUGCCAAUAUUAAGUAAAGUAAAAAAUAAGCUCCUGCCUUUUUCAAGGAAGCGUUCCAAAGCAUAUCAAAGUAACCGAAAACAUUGACAUGCAAUGUUCAAAAGGUUUAUAACAUGACAUAACACUGUUAAGAAAUUGUGGUUAACUAAAUUGCUUGCUGAGCAUAAUAUAUAGAGUAUGUAGUAUAAAUGACGUUCAGACAUAAAACAGUGAAUUCCUGACUUUUUAUAAAUGUAAUGUGUACUUAGUUCUACAUAGGUGUACUAGAGUACUCAGGGCCACUGCCAGGAGGCUGCAAAUUUUACCUUUUUUGUCAUGUUCCACCAAAUAAAGAGGUAAUGAAAAAGCAAUGGCGAUAAUGCACUUGCUGAGUGCUAUUAGGUCCCUCCUAUAUGGACAAUUGCAAAUCAUUGCAAAAUUCAGUGUUUUGCAAAAAAUUACUCCAAAGCUAUUAGCUGUACUUUUUUAUUGUUUAAUGAAACUAAUUCAUCUGUAUUAUAUUAUUGUUUUUAAUAUCUUUAUUUUUUUGUAAAUAUUGCAUCUACAGUACAUUAUGUUCAAAGAAAGGAAAUAAA